AUGUGCGUCGAUGACGGUGCACUGGGAGCUCGGCUAGCUCGUCAAGCGUUCGUCGAUGUCCCUAUAUCGAACCACUACGUCGAAGCUGCAGCGGAAGAAGGGCCACUGGGGGCACAAGGGACGCUCUUCUCCCGACGACCAAAUUUAUUAGUCUCGGGAUUGGCUGGGGCUGGUGGUGUGAUGAGAUGGAUGAUGAUGAUACCAACUUUUGUUGGCGUUGCGCGCGGAGGAGGGCACAACUAUCUGGAACAGGGAACAGAGGGCAGGGAAGAAACGCGUAUACGAUACGGACGGGACGGCGAGAGACCUCGGAGUAUGAUGGUUCUGCCGGCUGACGGAAUCAAGCUGGUAUGCUCGAAUGAGAAGCCGCAGACACACAGAUCGAAGUUGCGAAGCGAGGAAGACGGCGAAGCGCCAAAGAGAGGGGCUCCUCCAAGGCUGGUCCAGGAAAAGGAGGUCGAUUUUGGAGAUGGAAGGAUGCAGAGGAACGACUUUAAGCCCUCCAAGGGGCGCAGCGGCUGCGCGGCUCGAGGCACUCAGAGUGGGGGAUCGACAACCUCCGACCAGGUUGGAGCAACGCGCCUUGAUGAGCAACGGGGUAAAUCGCCGACCGACACUGGCCCACACCCAUACCCACAAUCAUAUUUUUGCAGCAACAAUCCCAUACAGAAGGGCGAACCGAGGAAGAACAGCGAGCGCGCACCCGCACAUUUGACCAGAUCAUCCGUCCAGAAAGAUCGCGAAUGGAGCCCAGAUAUGGAAAGUGACGCCGAGACUCAAAUUGCCUCUGGGAGGGCUCACACCGAUGACCGACGCGAUGGACUCGCGGUCCGAAACAGCACAACUAAACUUUCCUUCGGCCGAUUGCGUGAUCCGCACGAUCCGGUUCGCCGAACCAACUUGAACGAUAAUCGCGUCCCCCAGCGUUGCUACUCGCUCGGAAACACUCUUCGCCUGUUACUCCCUGCUCAUGGAAGAGCAGUGACGCAUAUGCAAGGAAUAACAACAUAUGAAAAACAUACUGAAUGCAGGAAGCGCGUUGUCGUGCUAGUCUCAGCCUUCCCGAAUGCCCCGAAUGCUCCUCAACUCCGUUUAGUACCCUUACUUUUGAACAUGAGGAUCAUUUUCUCCAUUUACCGUAACGACCUGAUCCUCGCAUAUCUAUCCUCAUUCAACCUCGAAUACACUUGCUAUCUCACACAGCUCACAGCCCAACAAGCCAGCCGCCACCUUCUUGAUCUCUCGCAGGAAAAGGACUCAAAUGGUGUCUUUAUCCAGCACAAUCCGAGAGGUCUUUUCUGCCUCGCAUCGCGCGGACUACGCUCAGCGCUCAGUGUAACAAGUAUACUCCUCGAGUGCCAGCUUCGGCAAGUAUUCUCCACGAAGUUAUCCCACUGUUCUAAACCUCGUUCCGAUAUGAGACGCGCAAUGCUCUUGAGUUGCGAGAUGAAAGCUCAAGUCCGUCCUGAAGCCUCUGUGAUUGCACAGACAAACUCAACACUGCCACUGACGUCCACGGUACGUCUCAGUAACGCUGUCUUUGCAGCUGUCCGUUUCUAUGCUUUCUCGAUCGCCUCUCGAUCAUUUGUGGGCGAGUUCCCGCUCGUCGAAAUAUUUGUGCACCAACGCCUCGAGGCCGUUACUGUUGUUGUGCUUACGUUUAGCCCUAUUAAUAUUAUCUAUGCUUCUUUUUCGUUAACACCUCUUACUGAUUACGACAGCCGUCAGUUGGUAUUAACGUUAACCUCUGCCUCCGGACAUUGUACUGCUGGCAUUUCGCUUCCUACGCUUCUAUCCACCCUCAUUCCCAGCAGUACCAUGUCUCUUUCCCCGAGAUAUGUUUCCCGCGGAUAUGUUAUCCCGCAUUUCGGAGCCACGAGGCCAUCGAUUCCGGUCGUUUUUCAGGAAUUUUUUCCGAGAGAAAAAGGAACUUUGAACGGUAAAUGGAUAGAUGAGGGGAGACAGCCGGCUCACGGUUCUCCCGCGCCGCUCCCACAUUCACUUCCUGGCUGGGCUUCGAAGGCGGACCUGGAGCUAGCAAUGGAUUCUGGCCUUCGUGGCCCUCAAAUUCAGGAGAAAAGUAACGUAGCUCCUGGGAGUUUACUCAAGCAAGGACGAUAG